AUGGUGCAGCGCAUGUGGGCCGAGGCGGCCGGGCCCGUAGGGGGCGGCGAGUCGUUGUUUCCUGGCUCCCGGCGCAGCCGCAGCGUGUGGGACGCUGUGCGUCUAGAGGUGGGCGUCCCGGACAGCUGUCCCGUGGUGUUGCACAGCUUCACUCAGCUAGACCCGGAUCUACCGCGCCUGGAGAGCUCUACGCAGGAGAUUGGGGAGGAGCUGAUCAACGGGGUCAUCUACUCCAUCUCCCUGCGCAAGGUUCAGCUACACCAGGGAGCCACCAAAGGCCAGCGCUGGCUAGGGUGUGAGAAUGAGUCGGCCCUGAACCUCUACGAGACCUGCAAGGUGCGCACGGUGAAGGCUGGCACUCUGGAGAAGCUGGUGGAGCACCUGGUGCCUGCCUUCCAGGGCAGUGACCUUUCCUAUGUCACCGUCUUCCUGUGCACCUACAGAGCCUUCACCACCACUCAGCAGGUGCUGGACCUGCUGUUUAAGAGGUACGGUAGAUGUGACGCCCUCACGGCCUCCUCUAGAUAUGGCUGCAUCCUCCCGUACUCCAGUGAGGAUGGUGGACCGCAGGACCAACUCAAAAAUGCCAUCUCCUCCAUUCUGGGCACCUGGCUGGACCAAUACUCAGAGGAUUUCUGUCAACCUCCGGACUUUCCCUGCCUCAAGCAGCUGGUGGCUUAUGUGCAGCUCAACAUGCCGGGCUCAGACCUGGAGCGCCGUGCUCACCUUCUUCUGGCCCAGCUGGAGGACCUGGAGCCCAGCGAGGCUGAGCCUGAGGCCCUGUCCCCAGCUCCAGUGCUGUCUCUGAAACCAGCUUCACAGCUUGAGCCAGCUCCAACACUGCUUCUGGCAUCCAGCCAGGAUUUGGCGCCAGAGCCAGCGCCAGAGCCAGAGCCAGUACCAGCUUCUGAGCCAGAUCCAUCCCUAGGACCAGCACUGGCAUCCAGACCUGUGGUGGCACCAGCUUCUGAGCCAGAUCCAUCCCUAGGACCAGCACUGGCAUCCAGACCUGUGGUGGCACCAGCUUCUGAGCUGGAGCCAGUGGUAGUGCCACCGCUAGAGCCUGAGCUGUCCCUCGCACCUGCUCUGGAGCUGCAGCCGGCUCUCUCACAGGCCCUGGAGCUGGAGCCAGCUGCUGUGCCUGCUCCUGCACUACAGCCUUCCUGGUCUUUGCCUGGAGCCACAGAGAAUGGACUAGAUGAGAAGCCGCACCUCCUGCACUUCCCUCCAGAUCUAGUGGCUGAGCAGUUUACACUGAUGGACGCUGAACUGUUCAAGAGAGUGGUGCCCUACCACUGCCUGGGCUCCAUCUGGUCACAGCGGGACAAGAAGGGCAAGGAGCACCUCGCACCGACCGUCCGUGCCACUGUCGCCCAAUUCAACAACGUGGCCAACUGUGUCAUUACUACCUGCCUUGGCGACCAGAGCAUGAAGGCCCCAGACAGGGCCCGGGUGGUGGAACACUGGAUCGAGGUGGCCAGGGAAUGCAGAGCGCUCAAGAACUUCUCCUCCCUCUACGCCAUCCUCUCUGCUCUACAGAGCAAUGCCAUCCACCGCCUAAAGAAGACAUGGGAAGAGGUCUCCAGGGACAGUUUUCGAGUGUUCCAGAAGCUGUCGGAGAUUUUCUCUGAUGAGAACAACUACUCCCUGAGCAGAGAGCUGCUCAUCAAGGAGGGAACCUCCAAGUUUGCCACGCUGGAAAUGAACCCUAGGAGAGCCCAGAGGCGGCAGAAGGAGACAGGUGUCAUCCAGGGCACUGUCCCCUACCUGGGCACAUUCCUCACUGACCUGGUGAUGCUGGACACUGCCAUGAAGGACUAUCUGUAUGGGAGACUCAUCAACUUCGAAAAGAGAAGGAAGGAGUUCGAAGUGAUCGCCCAGAUCAAGCUGCUGCAGUCCGCCUGCAACAAUUACAGCAUUGCUCCUGAGGAGCACUUCGGAGCCUGGUUCCGAGCCAUGGAACGGCUCAGUGAGGCUGAGAGCUACAACCUUUCGUGUGAGCUGGAGCCUCCGUCCGAGUCAGCCAGCAACACCCUCAGGAGCAAGAAAAGCACAGCCAUUGUCAAGCGCUGGAGCGACCGCCAGGCUCCCAGCACCGAGCUUAGUACCAGUAGCAGUGCCCACUCCAAGUCCUGUGACCAGCUCCGGUGCGGCCCCUACCUCGGCAGUGGGGACAUCACUGAUGCCCUCAGCGUGCACUCAGCUGGUUCUUCCAGCUCUGACGUGGAGGAAAUCAACAUGAGCUUUGUCCCAGAGUCUCCUGAUGGCCAGGAAAAGAAGUUCUGGGAGUCAGCCUCCCAGUCGUCCCCAGAGACCUCUGGCAUCAGCUCAGCCUCCAGCAGCACGUCCUCUUCAUCAGCCUCCACCACACCCGUGUCUACCACACGCACCCACAAGCGCUCCGUCUCAGGGGUCUGCAGCUACAGCUCCUCACUGCCACUCUAUAACCAGCAGGUGGGCGACUGCUGCAUCAUCCGGGUCAGCCUGGAUGUGGACAACGGCAACAUGUACAAGAGCAUCCUGGUGACCAGCCAGGAUAAGGCCCCGACUGUCAUCCGAAAAGCCAUGGACAAACACAACCUGGAUGAGGAUGAGCCAGAGGACUAUGAGCUAGUGCAGAUCAUCUCAGAAGACCACAAGCUGAAGAUUCCAGAAAACGCCAACGUGUUCUAUGCCAUGAACUCUACUGCCAACUAUGACUUUAUCCUUAAGAAGCGGACCUUCACCAAGGGGACUAAUAAGGUCAAGCAUGGAGCCAGCUCCACCCUCCCUCGCAUGAAGCAGAAAGGACUCAAGAUUGCCAAAGGCAUCUUCUAAGGACGUCUCCCAGGGUCUGGCUGGCUGAGGACUAAGCACUUAUAGACUAGAGUGGCCCAGGCCACACAGGUACCUCUGCCUACCUGCUAGCCCAGGCUACCCCCAGACUCCAAUUUCACCCUAAACCUCUCCUGCUGCCGGGAUUGACACCUGCCAGGUCACUGACAGGCUGACCUGGCCUCCGGGGAUCACUCGCCGCCUUAGGUGCCUUCUGCUCUCUGGAACCAGAGGACUAGCUGACUUUUGCCAAGGAGUGCUGCCAACUGGGCAUGGUACCUUGCCUGCCCUGGACACUACCCUCCACAAUUUCCUGACACCUCCCCAGGUGCAAAUCACUGCCACCCAUGCCCCCGGAUGCCCCAGGGCACCCACACACCCAGCAGGGCUGACCACUGCGUUCUCUCCUUGUGCCCACAGGCACUGGCCUGGGACCUUCAUGGAAGUCCUGGCCUUUCCUCCCACACUCUAGCCUUUCUCAGGCUGCACCAAAGAUUCCACCUUCAGGGCCUACAAAGCAAGGGAGUCUCGCCCACCACGAGCCCCAGCCCUCCCUUGGAUCAGAGAGAGAAGCCCUGUCAUGGACCACCCGGUUGGUAUCGAAUCCCAUACCACUGAACGUGCCAUGUAGCAUCACUACAGCCUGGGUCAUACAAGACUACAUGAAAUGGGAGGCUGCGGGGAGGGAAAGACGACUGAAUAUUUGUAUAAAAAGGAAUAAAAGUUUACUGAUUGGGGUGGGGCAAUAUUUAUUUGUUGUAAAUAGAAAAUGCUAGACUUGAAUAUUAUAUUAAAAUCCCGUUUCUACUAUGACGUGGUCA